AAUUAGGAAGCGGCAUUUCCGCUCUACCAUGCAAACACGAUUCUCGUAUCCUUUUCAGUUUUAGGUCUCCUCUCGUGCUGAUCUGCUAUGCGUGGGCUACAGCGAUAAUAAGUUAACUUGUUAGCUAACUUGCCCCUUGAGGGAUAAUUGUUGCAUCAAAAAUCUCCUACUCGCAUAACCAAAUUGCACAGAAAUAUUUAGGACAUGCCGAACAUCGUGCUUUUCAGCGGGAGCUCCCACCAAGACCUAUCACAAAAAGUGGCUGAUCGCCUCGGACUGGAAUUGGGGAAAGUGAUAACGAAGAAAUUCUCCAACCAAGAAACAUGCGUGGAGAUCGGGGAGAGCGUGCGCGGCGAGGACGUCUACAUUGUGCAGAGCGGCUGCGGGGAGAUCAACGACAACCUGAUGGAGCUGCUGAUCAUGAUCAACGCGUGCAAGAUCGCCUCGUCGUCCCGCGUCACCGCCGUCAUCCCCUGCUUCCCCUACGCCCGACAGGAUAAAAAAGAUAAGAGUCGUGCUCCUAUCUCAGCCAAGCUGGUGGCCAACAUGCUGUCUGUAGCCGGCGCCGACCACAUCAUCACAAUGGACCUCCACGCCUCGCAGAUCCAGGGAUUCUUUGACAUCGCCGUGGACAACCUGUAUGCAGAGCCCGCGGUCCUCCAAUGGAUCCGGGAGAACAUUCCAGAGUGGAAGAACAGCUGCAUUGUGUCCCCUGACGCUGGAGGAGCCAAACGAGUGACCUCCAUCGCUGACCGUCUGAAUGUGGAGUUUGCCCUCAUCCACAAGGAGAGGAAGAAGGCCAACGAGGUGGACCGCAUGGUCCUGGUCGGAGACGUGAAGGACCGCGUGGCCAUCUUGGUCGACGACAUGGCCGACACAUGCGGUACCAUCUGCAAAGCUGCUGAGAAAUUGAUUGAUGCCGGUGCGAUCAAGGUCUAUGCUAUCCUCACGCACGGCAUAUUUUCCGGUCCGGCCAUCGCGCGUAUCAACGAUGCUCCCUUCGAGGCCGUGGUGGUCACCAACACCAUCCCCCAGGAGGAGAAGAUGAAGUCGUGCCCAAAGAUCCAGAUCAUAGAUAUAGCCAUGAUCCUGGCCGAGGCGAUCAGGAGAACCCACAACGGCGAGUCGGUGUCCUACCUCUUCAGCCACGUGCCCUUGUAAAGGAUGGCUACGAGCAGAGGGCACAGCGGCCGUUUCUCUCCUCAUGCUCCAAUCAGCUCGCACCUUCAAUGACCACACCCUCCCGGAAGUCCUUAAACUCUGACGGUUUGGGCCAAUUACACGUGACCGAUUCCUAAAGGCCACGCCCACUUUCCCAGCUCCGUUGUUCCGUGUGGAGACCCAAGAAAGAGUAUCACCUCCUCUUUGAGACCAGCAAGUUUCUAUUUAUGCGUAUUACCAUGUUAAGAUUUCCUUACUGUGUUUGUUUCAAUAUCAUGCUUUGCCAGCCAUGCCACCCAAGGGAUCUGGCUGUCAUUUUAACCAAAGGUCCAUUGCCUAACGAUGUUCCUGUUUGUUGUACCUCCAUUUUUCUUACAUUUCACUAUAAAUGAAAGCAUUCCAUUGUCAUGUCACUUGAGAAUCUGCAAUACUGUUGGUUUUAGAUGCACCUUUGUUUCAUCAAUACACGCCGAUUACGAAAUACCAGGGUCCUAUUCACUCGACUCAAAACGAUAGCAAACAGGGAGGGACUAUCUGUACAAUAAAUGCCUGUCUUCAUUUUCUGUUGUGAAAUGUUUUGCUGCAGUGUGUGCUAAUCAAUGCCACCCAGGGUUGUUUAGUCAUCAACAGCUGAUUUAUUUCCUUUUUUUUUCUUUUACAUUUCUUUAAACAGCAACAUUUGGUUAGUGUGGAACUUUAAGUGAAGUUUUUUUUUUUUAUCAAAAAGAUCCAGAGUAGAGGCUGUAUUUGUUCAGCCAGCAGAUACCUACAUAAUGUUUAAGCAUCUAGCAUUGUCUCAAAGUCCCAAUAUUGUAUCAUAGAAUUCAAUUUGAGAUAUGAGGGAGACAGUUGUAAGCAUUUCCACAUUUUCUGGCAUUCUAGUUAAAACAUUAUUUCGUUAGUGCCACGUAACAAGGCCAAAUCUGAUUUGCCAUUUUAGUUUCCUUCAUUUAGUAUGCACCUGAUGGCGCACUCCCUCUUGUGACGGACUGGUGUCAUUGCAGGGCCUCAUGCUCACCUUCGUAUUUCUGAUUUUAUUACAAUCUUGAAAUUGCUCAUUUACUAAAACUCCCAACACCACUACUAAUCUCCUGCUGCCCAGUUUUUCAAAAGUUAUUUUCAGAUUUCGGUAAUCGGAUAGGAUUAAAUGAAUAGAACGGGUAUCCACAUUCAAGUCAAUGAUACACCCGCUCCAUUUAUAUGCAUUUAAUCCGAUAACUUGGAAAAACUGGGGACAGUACCUCCGUAUAUCAAGUUUAUCCAUCUUGUCAAAGGGUGAUUGGUCGAACAACCCACACCCAAAAGGUCAUGAACUUCAAAGUUCUACUUUCCUCAUGUCUUGAGUGUAUUUUUUUUUUUUCUUCAAAUGUUUAAGAAAGUUAUAAUGUACGAGUGUAACUCCUCUGCGUUCAUUUUCUCCUGUUGUACGGUGAGUGUGCGCCAAAGGCAGUCUUCAGAAUGAAUUAGCGGAUUGGUUGAAAACUGCUGGCGGAUAGGCAGCCACACGUUUUUUACACCACCAGGGUUUUCAUUAACAAUAAACUGACAAUGACAUUACAUAAUGCUGACUUGUCUUCUUUUCUUUGACCUUUGGUUACUGAGGAUCCUCAGAUGAAUUGUUAUCGACAGUACACUGUUAUUUUCCCUAUGGGGGGGGGUGAUCCCAUUGGAAGAUGUGAGUUACUCAUAGCACCAUAAUCCGGUGGCAGUGUCAUGUGAAAGUAAGGAAGGACCCUGGUUGAAUGAAUGUUUGUCAAUCACAGGUCUUUAGAAAGGUGAGUUCACUAAACUGGCCAUGCAACACCACCGCCCAACCACCAUCUAGGAUCAGGUGUUCCUUGACUAUGUAAUCUUAUUCAUUGUGAUCUAAAAGGCUAAACUGGUCCUAGAUCAGCACUCCUUGUCUGAGACGCUUUGCCCUGGACUCCCAUCCAAGGACCAACCAGGACGAAUAUCGUUGUCUAGGCUCAGACUGAGACAACUGCCAACAAGGGGCCCCCUUGAAGGGGGAUGCUGGAUGGUGUGGCUGAUGGCUACAGCCAUAUAUAGUAUAUCAUAUAUGUGUAGGCCUACUACCCUGACGGUGGGGGGGUGCCUUAUUACUGCCUUGUCACGUUCUGUAUGGGGAGUUGGCAACAGUUUCUCAGUAGACAUGAGGACUGUCAUUUUUGAUUCCUUAGUGGUGGAUAGUGGCUGAAAACAUCCAUAGUUGACAUCCACGUGCUUAUUAGGUAUUUAAUCUGAACCAGGCCAAACUGUCACGUAACCAUAACAUACUUCACAAAGGAUCAUCAAGAGAAAAUAAGACAUCACUAUCUAAUAGCACUUAUAACAACUCAAACGUCUUAAUAGUAACAAACAAUAGAUACAAUUUGCCAGUGGGAAUAAUCCUAUGCGUUUGUUCAUAGAGACCAUAUGACUACUUGCCAAACCGAGUUAAUAGAAGGGACAUGUUUUUUGCUCUUUUAGAAAUCAAAAGGGUGUAAGAAAAAGUCACAUGAUAAUGGUGAUAAAUACAGUAUGUGGUACAUACCUCCAUUUUCCGACAGGUGGCGUGUUGUGCAUACUUCUCUCUGUGGUGCCUGAAACUCGGUGAAUAAAGUGAUUAAAAACACAUUUGUGAAAUUUUGGGCACGUAUCACGUCUGCAUAAUUUGUUCAAAUUCCCGCCGUUGAAAAAUGAGGUUCAAAUGUAAUCUAAUUUUAAUAUAGCAUGUAUUUCAUUUCCAAAUCGCUCCUGGAUGGGAGCUGUAUGAUGACGUCAGGCUCAUUUGCAUAUCGCUCAGUAUAUGUACAAUGCCUGCGCAAAGGCGGGACACACUGCUGCGACGCAAAGCCUGGAGAAGUACCAUUAGUCAAUCAGUCCAACUUUGACUUCGCAAUCAUGUCUGACAAGCCAAAUCUCGAGGAGGUCGCCAGCUUCGACAAGACCAAGCUGAAAAAGACCGAGACGCAGGAGAAGAAUCCGCUGCCGACUAAAGAAACCAUUGAACAGGAGAAGCAGGCGUCGUCGUGAAGACCAUCCCUCUGUCAUGCACUGUACACCCCCUCCUCCUGCAUUGCCUUCUUUUCACUCACUUCUUUUUAGCUGUAUAACUUGUCAAGAAAAACCCCCACCAACAACACAAAGCUGCACUGCGAUGGAUGACCAUCCAUGUCCAGGCGCUGACCCCGCCCCUCCUACCACCUCGACCAAUAGAGGAGCAGGCCCUCGCCUAGCCAAGCCAGGAAUGAGGAAGUACUACCAACCAACCAGGGGCGGAACGGUGGACGGUCCCAAAGUUGUCGGGUGUGGUGUCCAAACAUCAACACGGGGUAGAGAGGGCUACAGGAUGGAGGCGUGGCCUUGGAUCUAGGAAGUUACAUCCCUCGUUCGACAUCCAAUUUCCUGUGUGGCCUCUUGUCGACCUGGUAACUCACGCCCCAACCGUGUCCGGCUUUUUAUAUUUUAGUUUCGGAAAAAUGCACAACCUUUUUUUGUUUUUACACUGGUAAUAUGAUUAACAUACCCAUUGGUUAAUACAAGUUUUCUGUCAGAUAUUUUUUUUAUCCAACCAAGGAUGAAAAAACAGAAUCCAUCUAGUCUUGGAAGAUACUCGUGUGGACUUUAUUUACGUUGAUGUUUUUAGAACGUUUAUUGUACGUUGACCUUUUUUAUCGAUGUGAUUUGGGAUAGCUUUUUGUGUUGCACCCUGUCUCUGAUUUGUUUAAUAUUGUAAGGAAAAAAGAUCAUUACUGGAAAUGAAUUCCAUGUGUUCUGCAGUCGAUCAAAUUAUUUGGAGUUUUCUAAAGUCCCAACAGUCAUGUUAAUCUACCACAUACCAUUACCAAUAAUGGAAACAGUGAAAUGUUGUAAUAAAAAAAAUAUUUGUUUCUAUGAA